AUGUUAUAUCAAAGAGUAAAAUAAAUAAUUAUACUCUCUAGGAACCUGAAGAAAUCAUUGAGCCUUCAAAACCUAAAGUAGAAAAUAGACUUCUUAAAUAUGCCAAAAAAUAUGAAGAGAAAAGGAUCAAACUUAAGGAAUCUAUCUAUUAAGAAAUGAUGUAAGAUCGUCCAUUUAUACAAACAAUUAAUUCAUAAAAAAGAAUUAAUUAAAGUGUUGUUGAUAGACUUUAUGAGUCUCCACAUUGUGGGAAUAAUUGUGGAUAAAUUGAAAAACUAGUCAAAAAAUCAUCUGUUAGAUAUCCAUUAUAAGAAAUAGUUAGACCAAUCAGUUCCUAAAAUCCUUAUAUUAAUAUUCCAUCAUAAUAAUAAUAACUUAAACAAUCCCAAACUAUAUUUUCUCAAUAAGGAAAGUUAUUAGAAAAUACAUUCUCUCAUUCAUAAAAAAUCAAACCGAUUCGUUAAUCUUCAGCUUUUAAAUUUAAUAAUAAUUCUAUUCAUAAAUAAAACAGCUAAAAUAGUAUCAUUUAAAUUAGCAUGGACAUUUUUUAAAGAAAAAAAAGAUCAUAAAACAUCUGUUGA